CCCCUAUUCUACUCGCCUCACUUCCCAACUAGUACCCAUUCCUCCUUUCAUCUCUUCUCUUCUUUGAUAAGAAAUGAUGAAUAGCUUCAUACGUAGUGGGGUUGGCAUUCUAGGAAGUGCUUUUGCUUUGUUCAUGUACGGUGCACCAAUAUGUACGUUCAGGAGAGUGAUGUUGAACAAGACAAGUGGAGAAAUGUCAGGGUUACCCUACGCAGUGGGUUUGUUCAACUGUCUUGUGUACGCUUGGUAUGGCUGUCCUCUCAUUAGCAAUGGAUGGGAUAACGCUCUUGUCCUCGCUAUCAAUACCAUUGGCCUUCUUCUCCAGUGCUGCUUCUGCACCAUCUAUCUCCUUUUUGCCCUACCCAAAUCAAAGAGAAGAAUGGGUACGAUGGUUGUAGGAGUGUUGAUGGCUUUCUUAAGCUUGGUGACAGUUUCUAUGUGGGGUUUGAAUGCCCAGAAGAAAUUGGUUGUGGGAAGUACUGGAAUGGUGGCAUCUGUCAUUCUCUAUGGAUCUCCACUCUCCGAUAUUAGAACAGUAGUUCGAACAAAGAGUGUGGAGUGCAUGUCAUUCUAUUUCUCAUUUUUCGCAUUCCUCGGCAGUGUGUUGUGGUUGGUGUAUGGUGCUCUCAGCAAAGACAAUCUUAUCAUGGCCCCCAAUUUUCUUGGAAUACCAUUAGCUUCAGUUCAGAUUAUAAUAUAUUGCAUGUAUAAAAGAAAGAAGCGAUUAAGAGUGGCAGCUGAAGAUGGGAAAGUGGAAGUAGUAACAGUAAUUGAAUUGGAGAGCGUGGAGGAUAAAAGUUUGGCCAUGACCAAGAUCCCUGCUUUUCCCUCAUCUUGACAGCUAUAUGCAGUUUAAGAGUGUUAUCCAUUAUUGAUCUACUCCGACUACUGCAAAUGAGUUUCUAAGAGACUCAAUUCGUUUCUUGAAUGUUACUUUGGCGUAGAAAUAACUCUUAAAAUAAUAGCUAGUUUAUUCACCAUUUAAACUAUAUCAUGUGCAUUUCCUUUCCAUUCCCCUAGAGAAAGUUAAAAAAACACUCCUACUCCAUUUUAUAAGAGAAACAAUAAAAUAAUU